AUGGCCUCCGUCAAGAAAAUUGCCCUUAUCACUACGAGCACUCGCAAGCCUAGAGUUGGCCCGAAGGUGGCCGAUUUGGUCCAUGAGAUCAUCAAGAACGACACGGAUGCAUCCAGCGACGUCGAGAUCACGCCAGUUGAUGUCGCUGACUUCAACUUGCCCAUCUACGACGAAGAGGUGAUCCCCGCCAUGGUUCCUGCCCAGGCAUCCUUCUCCAAGCCGCAUACGAUCGCCUGGAGCACUGAGAUUGGCAAAUACGACGCCUACGUCCUCGUGAUCCCUGAAUACAACUUUGGCAUAGCCGGAGCUACCAAGAAUGCCAUCGACUACCUCUACAACGAGUGGAUCGGCAAGCCGGCUGCCAUCGUCAGUUAUGGUAUCCAGGGAGGAACCUUUGCCAGCGAGCAGCUCAACAAAUCGUUGACGGGAAUGAAGUUGCGCGUCGCGGAGACGCGACCCUCGCUCAAGUUUCAUGGCAGCCACGGCCCUGAUCUGUUUCUUGCAAUGGGAUCAGGUGGUCUGGGCGAGGACACAAAGAAGGAUAUUGAAGCUGAGGCAUCAGUUAUUCUCAAGGCGUUCCAGGAGCUGAAGGAGCUGCUCAACGCCGAGAAGGCCCAGGAGUCAGCCUAA